AACAUGGCCACCCUGAAAGGAAGUGCCGCAUUUUAGAAAGGGUGGUCAGGAAAGGCCUCUCUCUGGAAGUGGUAGAUCACGGCGCACUGACGCUCCUCCAGUCGCCACACGUCGCCUCCACUGGAGACCACGGCUGUGGGCAGCCCGCCGCAGCCGUGCCCAGACCCCAACAGUGCUCUGCAUGCGAACAGGAACAGGUGCCUCUCUGCUGGGGUCUGUCUCUGUCUGCUUGUGGCUCCUGUCAAAACAAGAGACCCGCCUACCCUUCUGCUAAUACCUGGACUUGGCAGAGGUGGGAAACCUACCUGCCAUUCCGGGACCCUGCUGCACCUGCAAGGCUGCGUGGGGCUGGGACACCCAGAGGAGGCAGCCCCCGCCCCAAGGCAACCAUGCGGCAUCCUUCUCGCUGAGGAGGGGCCCGCCCAAUCAGGGCCCUCUCUGGACCCGGUGAUGACGACAUCAGAGGACCCGAGCCCAGCCCAGCCUGGCGGGACGAGUGAGCUGAGGGUGAUGUUGGACUCAGUGACUCACAGUAGCUUCCUGCCCAACACUUCCUUCUGCGACCCCCUGAUGUCGUGGACUGAUCUGUUCAGCAAUGAAGAGUAUUAUCCUGCCUUUGAGCAUCAGACAGGUUACUCCUUCUUUACUGACACUGAAGAGACCAAGGCUGCCAUCAAAGACUAUGCUGAUUCUAAUUGCUUGAAAACGAGUGGCAUCAAAAGUCAAGACUGUCACAGUCAUAGUCGAACGAGCCUCCAAAGUUCUCAUCUAUGGGAAUUUGUGCGAGACCUGCUUCUCUCUCCUGAAGAAAACUGUGGCAUUCUGGAAUGGGAAGAUAGGGAACAAGGUAUUUUUCGGGUGGUAAAGUCAGAAGCCCUGGCAAAGAUGUGGGGACAAAGGAAGAAAAAUGACAGAAUGACGUAUGAAAAGUUGAGCCGAGCUCUCAGGUACUACUACAAAACGGGAAUUUUGGAACGGGUCGACCGAAGGCUAGUGUACAAAUUUGGAAAAAAUGCACAUGGGUGGCAGGAAGACAAGCUAUGAUCUGCUCCGUCAUCAAGCUCCUUUUAUGGAUUUCUUGUCUUCUGAAACAAUCGCAUUGCAAUAGACAUUUGAAAGUCUUUUUGUUGUUGUUGUUGUUGUUGUCGUUAACCUGCAAAUGUGCUGAUAAAAUUUCUCCAUCUCUCAGCUUACAUUUGGAUUCAGAGUCGUUGUUGUCUGCUCCCACGGUGACAGCAACCCUUUAAGGAAUUCCUUCUUUUUUUCCUUACCCAAGGGAAGGAAGGAAUGAUCUUUUGUGGUACCUUGAUCAAACAUUCCUUCCCUCCUCAAGAGUUGUGGAAACACAAUAGCCCGUGCUAUCGGUGCUCCUCUGAGAAAAAGGAUCCGCGUCUCCCAUCUGAGACUCAUCCAAUGCACCCCUUCCAAAGGCUCAAAAGUUUUCACAUCUUUCACUGUGGCAGCUUGCAAAGGA